AUGCACACCAUGUCCUUCCCAUGUGUGGCCAUUGCUGCCGCGCUCCUGUGGACCAGUGUUCGCACCGACAGCCUCCGUGUGGGUCAGGAGGAGGAUGACGAUUCGGAGAUGCUCGUGCACUCCACGCGCGUCCGAAAUUCGAGCAUCCCUUGUGCCACGGUUCGGAUGUAUCGACACUGCGUGCGAUCAACGACUACGAAGGUGAAGGGGGUUAGUCCCGAACAUGAUGACCUCUCACACUAUACAGACUUGCCGCUGCCUGCUUGGAACACGCCAAUGAAGUGGUGCACCGACCAAGGUUCUGCGCUUAUGAAGAGUGAAGGAAAGAAGCUGAGACAGCGAGAGCUCAAGAUGGAUCUGUCGAAGCUGAAGGUAAUCGUGGACACGGACCAGCGUGAUGCUACCAGUGCAAACUCCCUACUGCAGGGGCUUGCUGACCAGGGUGAAAUCUUUGCAGCACGGGUGGAAUAUUUCCCUGUGCUCUUCAACGCCUUCAAACCUGGAGCUGGUGCGACCGUUUGCAAAACUCCAAGCAAGGAGCUUAUGACAGCACAGAAACAGCAGCGACUGCACACGACACCGAUGCCCAUGGGUGUCGGUCCUGCUCACGACAUGAACCAGACAAAAUACAACGACGUGUUGGAGCUUUUUGAGAAAUUGUUCGGAGUUGGCGCUGCAGGCUCUCUGAAACAGAUGAGCAACCCACCCAUCAUCGACAACGAGACAGGACUUUUGAAAGGAGCACCUGUCGUGCUGAAGCUUCUUGCGACGAAUUUAAUGUUUGCUUACGCAUCUAACAUCACCAUCGCAACCCAUGUGCCAGCAAGCCGGGAUCAGAUCUUCGAGCUCACGGCCUGGACCCAUUGGGAGCGCCGGAUCUCGCAGACACCGGCCCUUCUUGUGUCAAAGAAAGCUUGUGGCGUCCUUUCUAUGAUCACCAUGUUGCUAGGUAAGCCCAGGCAGAAAUAUGCCAUCUUCGUAGGGCAUGACAGCGAUCUUGAUGCUUUGGCGCACUUCUUUCAGAUUACAUGGAAAGCGCCUCCUUUCCCCGCGUGGAAGCCAACACCUCCGGGGUCAUCGCUGAGCUUCACAUCCUUAGGUGACGGCACAGCCUUGGUGCAUUUCACGUACCAGGUCUUCGACUCCUCAAACGACCCUGAGGUUAAGGUCGUACCCACCUUGCCUGGCCGGGUGAGUUUGUUUAAAAUCAAAGCCUUCAUCGAGACGCAAAUCAUGGAGUUUGCAGGAACGCCCGUCUUGCCGCUGCUUCAGCUCAUAAGCAGCCAUGACGACCUACCGGAGGGCAGCGGUGCCAUGAGCCCGGUGAUGAGAGAUGCGGAUUUUUCCGCUGCCAGCUGCCCUGUGAGUGACCUGCGAGGACUUCGAGGUUCCUUGAGCCCACCUCAGCACACAAGUCCUCGGGGACAGAGCCCGGACAAUUCCGGGGAGCCCUUGAUGAAGCAGGUCUCGUUCAGGAUGUCGGAGGACGAAGAUGAUGACGAGGCUCAACCUUCACGGCCGCGCCGAAAUUCACGGAGCCUGAGCCCGUCCAUCUACCGCAAACAGCAGGGUGGUCCCGCCCGAUUAGCACCUCCGAAGUCCGAGAGCGAUGCUCUUCUGUCCUCUGGCUCCGAAAGGGAUCGGGCGAGGGUGAGCAAGAGCUUGCACAACAAGCCCACUGCGUCGACGCUCUCAUCGGGCAGCAAUGUGCCGCUUCCGGAGGGGGCAUUCGCCUCAGACCGGGUCGAGUUUAGGAUCUCGGGACCAGAUUCGAACAAGCAGGUACUUGAUUGCAGAAGUUCUAACCUCGAGGCGUGUAGGGCAUCUAUCCCCGGCACUAGAAUAUGUCGAUGCGACCUGCCGCUUGAAGGAUUUUGA